GGCCGCCGGUCGCCGUGGCUUCCCGCUCGCGGAGGGAGGGCAGGUGGAGGACCGGACUUGGGAGCCCGCCCACACAGGGUUUGGGACCUUUCGGAAGUGAAAAAUAACGCUGAUCGAUGUGCAGUCGGGCGGUGCGGCCCGCAGCGCGUUGCUGUUGGGAAGGGGCCGGAGGACCGGCCUCUGCGGCGCCUGGCUGUGGGAAGGCGGGGCGGCAGCUGUGUGCAGAGCCCGGCUCUGCCCGUGGGCCUUCGUGCCCCCAUGAGCGCGUUUUGGCUUUUAGAGCCACUCGUGCUAAUUUGCGUUCUGCGUAUGUCGCUGUGACUUGCGAGAAAGGUGGAACUCUGUGGUGUCACGCAGCGCCCGACUUGGUGCCGUUGGGAGCUGCUGGGGUGUGUGCCUUGGGCUUUGUGUCCAAGGGACUCGAAGCGCUUCCCAUCGCUGCGUUCUGCUGCUGAUUGAGGGUUCGCCUUGUACUCCGGCCGCCGGGAUGGCCCCUUUUUGUGUGCUUGCCGUCUGUCAGGUUUCUUACGGCAAUUGAAUAUUAGUCAUCAGGCUUGUGCUGUGAGUAAAGGCUACUUGAGGUCUCUUUGACGCAGUGUUAUAAGGAAGAAAACUUUCUAUUCUAGGUGAUGUGAGCUGCCUUGCAAGAGAAGAAGCAGCCAUGUCAGCUUUGUGUCCACCACCAUCUCCUGCAGUUGCUAAAACAGAGAUCUCUAUGAAUGGCGAGUCACCUUUAUUAGCUGCCACUUUUGCUUACUGGGACAAUAUCCUUGGCCCCCGAGUACGGCACAUCUGGGCCCCAAAGACAGAUCAGGUACUUCUCAGUGACGGUGAAAUAACUUUUCUUGCUAACCACACCCUGAAUGGAGAAAUACUUCGGAAUGCGGAAAGUGGUGCAAUAGAUGUGAAGUUCUUUGUCUUGGCAGAAAAAAGGGUAAUUAUUGUGUCAUUAAUCUUUGAUGGAAACUGGAAUGGAGACAGAAGCACAUACGGACUAUCGAUUAUACUUCCACAAAGUGAACUUUCCUUCUACCUGCCUCUUCACAGAGUAUGUGUGGAUAGAUUAACACAUAUUAUAAGGAAAGGAAGAAUAUGGAUGCAUAAGGAGAGGCAAGAGCAUUUCCAGAAGAUUGUCUUGGAAGGCACGGAGAGAAUGGAGGAUCAGGGCCAGAGCAUCAUUCCAAUGCUAACAGGAGAAGUUAUUCCUGUGAUGGAGCUCCUUUCAUCUAUGAAAUCACACAGUGUUCCGGAAGAAAUAGAUAUCAGUGACACAGUACUGAACGAUGAUGACAUUGGGGAUAGCUGUCAUGAAGGCUUUCUCCUCAAUGCAAUUAGUUCACAUCUGCAGACCUGUGGUUGUUCUGUAGUUGUAGGAAGCAGCGCAGAAAAAGUUAAUAAGAUUGUGAGAACGCUGUGCCUGUUCCUUACCCCGUCAGAGCGGAAAUGUUCCAGACUCUGUAGAAGUGAGUCUUCUUUCAAGUACGAGUCAGGGCUUUUUGUUCAAGGUUUACUCAAAGAUGCAACAGGAAGCUUUGUGCUGCCCUUCCGUCAAGUAAUGUAUGCUCCAUACCCUACUACACACAUAGAUGUAGAUGUCAAUACAGUGAAGCAGAUGCCCCCUUGUCAUGAACACAUCUACAACCAACGACGGUAUAUGAGGUCUGAGCUGACAGCAUUUUGGAGAGCUAAUUCAGAUGAAGAAAUGUCUCAAGAUCCUAUUAUCCACACAGAUGAGAGCUUCACACCGGAUUUGAAUGUUUUUCAAGAUAUCCUGCAUCGAGACACAUUAGUAAAAGCCUUCCUGGAUCAGAUCUUUCAUCUGAAACCUGGCUUGUCUCUAAGGAGUACAUUCCUUGCUCAGUUCCUGCUAGUCCUUCAUAGAAAAGCUUUAACUUUAAUAAAAUACAUAGAGGAUGACACGCAGAAAGGAAAAAAACCUUUUAAAUCUCUUCGUAGCUUAAAGAUAGAUCUCGACCUAACAGCAGAGGGCGAUCUUAACAUAAUAAUGGCUUUGGCUGAGAAGAUUAAACCUGGUCUGCAUUCCUUCAUCUUUGGGAGGCCAUUCUACAUCAGCGUGCAAGAGCGUGAUAUGCUAAUGACCUUUUAAAAUUCUCCACUGUUAAUGUGUAAUAUUGCAUGGCACAGAGAACAGUCUGUCGGUGUGAGCAGGAGGCUUGUGACAAUCAUUGACCUGAUUUAGGAGGGGUGGGUAGAAACAGAGUAGCGGUGCCGUCUGUCUGAAGCAGUCUUGUUAAGGGGAAUAUCAGCCUAGCUAGGUGAGCGUGAUUUGGAUGAACCCGUUUUUUCUGUGUGCUUUUUCAGCAGUAAAAGUAAACAUGAUCAGGAGUUCCUUUGCUGUAUGGGCUCACUAGGUAAAUUUGAAUGUGUUUUGGAUAAAGGAAGGCGUUGUUGUUUUCUUUCCCCACGAAUUUCUUUCAGGUGUGUCAGUUUUCCCCUGCUCAGUACAGAGCCAGAAUUUUUAGUGUUUCCACAAAAAAAAAAAAAAAAAAAAAAAAAAAAAAAAAAAAAAAAACCAACGGAUGCGUCCUCUCUAAUCUGGGAGGUUCAGGAGAUUUAAAAAGUUUUUUAAAGCAUUCUUUUGUAUAUGAUACAAUUCUGAAAUAUGCCUUCCUUUAUCUUCAUUUAAAACACGACUUACUCCUUCAUUAGGACUUUUAAAGGCCAGGAGCUUGGUUUUCUGCUUUUAGUUGUUUUGGUUUGUUGUUUGUUUGUUUGUUUUACAUGUACUCGGCAGUGCUGUUCCUGCGAGCAAUGCGUUGGCUAUUAGCAGCAUAAAUGGUAGCACCCUGCACGUUGGAAUUGUGUCAUUAUUUAAGCAGCUUUCUGCAUGUAAAUGCCAACUAGAAUAUUCUGUCGCAGGCUGUUGAGCCAUCCUGCGGUUGUUGAGUGUUCAGUGAUCCAGCAUAAUCGAGCUCGUUCAAAGCACAAAGCAGAAAACUUUGUGUCAUUCAACAGCGGUUAUCAGUCUUUGUGUCUAAACUGCUGCGGCUGCUUUGUCUAUUGGCAGUUAGAAUGAGGUUCAGAUUAAAGCAUUAGGCUUUUCCCUAAUUUCCCCAAGAACAACAGGGUGAUAGCCGCUCUGGAAGAUAAAGCUAAUUCUUUUUACACUGCGAUUAAUAUAUUUAUUAAUCCCGAUAAAGAGAUCAGCACAGCUUUGAGCUUGCAUGAUUAGCAUUUUACUAAGUGAAUUCAGGCCAAUAAUCUUGCCAAUCUUACUAGUUCAGCCAGCAAAUAUUCAACUUUGCUUUGCUUGAAAAUAAAGAAGUAUAGAACUCCAAUAACCGUGAAGGUUGCAGUGUCAGAUUAACCAGACCUAUUCUUUUACAGUUUGGGCAAGUUUGGUGUGUAAUAUGGAGAACAGAGAUUAAUCUGUGCUGUGUGGUGGUAUAUUUGUUUUUGGACAAAGCAGAAAUGUAUUUGUUUCGUGUUUUAGUGUAACCGCAUAGCUCUGUCUUCACUGCAAAGGAGCUACACGUAUGAUUUGAGAAGGUGCUGUUGCCUUAUUGCUUACGAUUGUUUGUAACAUUCCUUCCCUGUAACAGAAGUGUGUUUCUGUUUUCAGGAUAGCUGUCCAGCGUCUCUUUCAUGCAACGAGUUAGUUGGUAACUCAGACUUACAUUUUUUCCCGAAAUAUCCAGCAUUCAUUUCUUGAAAGAAAAGCUGUUUCUUUGUUUGUUUGUUUGUGUAUGCCCAGAGUUCCUUUCUGUUUCCUGAAAAAGAAGAAUUUACAACUAAAUACUUAAAGCUUUGAAAAGAAUUCAGCCACAGCCGGGCUCCAUUUUCUGUGAAUAAAAAUCAGUUGUGCUAUGUUACCUUGGUUACAGCACGUGGCCCUUUUUGUGCUGUACACAUAUGUUGGACUCCUGCAAUACGAGCUCAGCAUUUCACCCAAAGAACUUAUCAGAAAUGUGAUGAUUUCAGUUAUUUGUACUGACAUUCUGUUUGCCUUACUAACAAUGUAAUUUCCCUUUGUGUUUUCAGCCAGUUUAUCCAUUAUAAAAGAGGCUGAUUGAUAAGUUUUUGUGAUUGUGAUUGCUGAUUGUGUUGCCUAAGCCUGUGAAAAAUAAUGUCAUGAACUCAUCUCGAAAUUCUAAUACAGAAGUUCUGUUUGAAGACUAAAUAGCUUCAAGUCUGCUGCUGAAUUUAAUCACUUCAGCUUCACAGGCAUUGGGAACUUCACACUACUAACUACUAACAGUAGAACUCUGAUUAUGGAAUAUGCUGCCACUUUGAAAUGACUAAAAGCUGGAAAUCUGUCGGUUGCUACUUUUAUUGCACAACUGUCACUAGUGCAGAAUGUAUAGUGAAGUAAGUUAUUAAAUACUGCAUGCUGUGUUGUAAAUCUUGCUCAGGAAAAAUACUAUUCUAAUAAAAUUUAUGCCAAUUUUUUUAUUUUAA